AUGGCAAAAAAACAAGGAAAAGUGUAUUUAGGAUAUGAAGACGAAAUUGUCAGUGAUAAGAAUAAAACACUUUUGAAUUUCACCGUAAAUAAAAUCGGCGGAUUACCGGAUUGGCCGUCAACUGAAAGUAUACAAUUCUCAAGCAAAUGCCCGAUUUGCAGUUUGCAUAGAUUAUUAGUAAUACAAUGUUAUGCGCCACUUGAAAAUUCCAUUUAUUUUAGAACUCUGUAUGUGUUUGCUUGUAUAAAUCCAAACUGCUGGAAUCAAUCGGAAAGUUGGAGCUGUAUUCGAUGCCAGGUAAAAGAUGAGUCAGCCAAAACAAGUGCAGUAGUUGCUAUGCCUAGUGUUGAAUCAAACUUGUCCUGGUGUACAGGAUCAGACAACUGGGAUGAAAAUGACAAUGGAGAUUCCGCAAAUGGAAAUGUUAUGAAUGUAGACAAUGCAAUCAGCCCUAAUAUUCAUAGAAUUUCUGAUGACGAUGAAAGCAAUUCAUAUGACUUAGAUGCCAUAGAGCAGGCACUGGGGAACAUACAAAUGUAUGAUGCACAUAAUGCCAACUUGUCUCCAAUACAAGGGGCAGUAGGUGCAAUUGGUGUUCCUAUACCCGCUGCCGAGCUUGAAGGUGGGGAUGAACCUGGUUUAGUCACAGUUGAGACACCCACAGCACCUACCAACAACAUUGAGGCUUUGUUACACCAAACAGCUGAGCUACCAGGAGAUUUAAGAAGUCGGCUGAUGUGUGGCCCAUUGCAAUUUGUCCCAAAAUACAUUUUUGUGGAGGAGGAACUUCAAAAGGUUCCCUCUAAUGAUGACAGAGUUGCAGAAUUGCUUAACAAAUAUGCAAAAGAAUCAGAAAUAGAUGUCAAUGUAAAGGCUGAUAUAGGAGGUGGUGGAGAUGAUGAAUUGUAUGAAGAAGCAACACCCUUACAUGGAGACAGAUUGUUCCAUGCUUUUAUGACUCGUUUGCAAAAUAACCCAGGACAAAUACUGAGGUACACUCGUGAUGAACCUCCAAUACUUGGAGCACCUUUGCCUUCAGUAGAUAGUGGAUUAUGUACACCAACAAUCUGCACUCGAUGUGGUUCCAGGCUAAUUUGUGAACUUCAAUUAGUACCUGGAUUUGGGGACUCACUGCAAAUUUUACCUGGCAAUAAUUCACUACCGUAUUUGCAUUUCUUGUCUGUUCUUAUAUUUACUUGUUCUCAAAGUUGCUGGCAACCCACUGAUAACUUCGUUGCGGAAAUCGUCGUAUUUCAACCGGAAGUUAUAUAA